AAAAAAAAAAGAAGGAAAACCCUGUUUCACCGGGCCAUUAUUGCCGGUAAUUUUCUCUUUCCGUUGCUUUAUGUGGCUGACAUACGUUCGCCGUGGAAAUAUCAACCGAACCGCCGUUCACCUUUCCUCGUCUCAGGUGAGAGAAAGCUUCUGCCUUCCCGCCCGUAUUUUAUCAUAACAAGUUCAAAAUGUAGUCUUGAUAAUUUAUUGAUUUUGCUUGUCCUUUGUUGAGUUGACUCGUUCUCACCUGGUCGACUCACUCCGUGUGUGUGUGUGUGUGUGUGUGUGUGUGUGUGUGUGUGUGUGUAUGGGUUGCUAAAAUCCGUGUGUAUUUUAUCAUAUUGUGCAUGUGAAAUAAAUUUUGCCGUUAGUCAGUACACUGAGUUUUUCAAUCCUAACUCUUACCUUUAAUUUGCAUAUGUACUUCAUGGGAAUCAUAUUAUUACAGUAUUUAAUUUUAUUUUAUUUUUGACGCUGAUCUGUACAUUGUUGUUCAGAUUGGAAGAAUGAGUAGCUCUUCACCUGCUGCUAAACCCGAGCAGCUCGAGUUUUAUUGCUGGCCCUGGGUUGGGAUCAUAGCCAACGCGCAAAACGACAGCCGCGGUUACUGGCUCAACGAGUUCUCCAAAUACAAUCCUUCGGGAGUUGAAAUUUUACGUGGCGGCGCGCAGGUUGUCGUCGUAAGAUUUGGCGAUGAUUUGUCUGGUUUCAAGAAUGCGAUGGAGUUUGAGAAAUCGUUCAGUGAUCAAGGUUGUUGUAGGAAAGAAUGGAUUGGUCGACGAGCUUCUGCUUGUACGAGUGUUUAUGGUUGGUUUGCUCGUGAAGACGACUACAAAUCGGAUGGGCCUGUGGGAGAUUAUCUUCGUAAGAAAGGUGGAUUGAGAGCGAUUUCAGGCCUCAUCGAUGAAGCGAUUGAGGAUCGGAACAAAACUUCGAGUAAUCUACUCGAUGAGAUCGACUCGAGAAACCAAAAUAUGGACGGUGUGCAUAUCAAAUACGGUGAGAGUAUAAUUUCCCUUGGUAAAAUGCUUGCAGAGAAAGACGGGUUUCAAAGAACUUUUUGCGAAGAAACGAGGAAGGUGCAAAGCAUUAUUAAGAGGGUUUUGAAUGAACAAAAGAUGUCGAACUUCGAACUGGAAAAGAAAAGGCGGCAACUUGAUUCUUGGAGCGAAGAACUGCAAAUGCGUGAGUCGUUAAUUGAAAACGAAAGACGGAAAAUCGAAGAGGAGAAGAAACAGAAUGAUUUGAGAAGCAAUGCUCUUCAAGUGGCUGCUAAGAAGCCGAGGACAACUUAUGAGAAUGCGCUAAAGAUGCUCGAAGAAGAACAGAGAGAGACGGAUAUUGCUCUGGCGAAGGUUCGUGAGUUAGAAAGAGAUUGCGCCGAGAUGAACAAAAUGAAAAUGAAAAUCGAAAUUCUGAAAACGGAAUUGAAGAUUGAGGAGAUGAAGCGUUUGGACGGUGAUGAUGUUGUUGAUGAUGACGACGACGACGACGAUGCUGAUAAAGAAGUCCGACAAAAGAUAGAUCAGAUGAAAGAGCUGUUGCAAGAAAAAAAUGAUGAAUUCAAUAAUUUAGAAGCUUUAAAUAAUCAACUAACCGAAAACGAGCGUCAAAGAAGUCACGAGUUGCAAGAGGCUCGUAAAGCCGUAAUGAAGGGAAUGAAUGAUAUAAGGAAUGGGCAUCGUGUUAACAUUGGGAUAAAAAGGAUCGGUGAAAUCAACGAGAAACCAUUUAAGGACACAUUCAUAAAAAGACUCCCUUCUGACGAGGCUGAGGUCGAGGCUCGUAAACUGUGUUGCUUGUGGCAAGAGAAAAUAAAAGAUACCGAAUGGGACCCGUUUCAAAUAAGAGGCGGCAAGGGGAAUCCUACGAAAUUGAUGAUCAACAAGGAUGACGAAUUACUGAGUGACCUUAAGAAUGAAUGGGGCGAUGAAGUCUGCAGUGCAGUCUCGACAGCUUUGUUGGAACUCGAAGAAUACAAUCCUGGUGUACGUGAUGCGGUUUCCGAGGUGUGGAACUUCAAACAAAAUAGAAGAGCCACUCUCAAGGAAGCCAUCAAAUACGCAUUAACGCAAUUGAAGAGGAUCAAGCGCAAGAGAGCUUGAACCCGACCGGAUGGAUGAACAAUGAUUCCUCUCUUUCGAUCUUUUUUUUUUUGACGUAUGCCCGCCUUUUUGAAGAUAGAGAGAUCUAAGUGCAACUUUUGUAAGAUUGUUUAUCUAAUGAUCCUUGUACAAAGUUUUUGAUUUUGUAAUAUAAUUUAGCUUUUCUUGUUAGAUAAAGAAUGUGAGGGUAAAUCUGGAAACUACAUACUAUUUAUUCUAGUGGUCGUUUUGCUGUUUCUGA